AGCACAUGCAUGCAUAUGUACAUAUACAGUACUUUAUUAAAUUAUAUAUAACAUUGAACGUCCUUUCGGUACAUACCGUCUUCCGCUUCACUCUGCCCUUUGGGAAUUUGAUGUAGCUACUAUUUUCUAUCUAUCAGGUACCAUGGGACUAUUAUGUCGACAAGGUCUCUUAGUGAGAAGCUGUCAUAAGCAUAUCAGCCGACGAAUAAUCCCAUUAACCUCUGUUUGCCAAAGACCAUUUUCUAUAUCAGGGAAAUUAAAUCAAACUUCAACUCCAAGUCACCUCGCUGCCUUGAAAGAUAUCCUGAAAGUGUCCGAGGAAGUAACUGAUGCUUUAGCUUCAAAUAAACCCGUCGUCGCACUUGAGUCGACUAUCUACACUCAUGGAGCUCUAGGCAAUGAUCUGGACUUGGAGGGUAUCGUCCGACGUGGUGGUGGUGUACCUGCUGUGGUUGGGAUUCUGGGGGGUGUACCCACCAUUGGUCUCCUGCCAGAGGAAGUGACUUGUAUGAUAGAAAACUCACCAAAGAAAGUGUCUCGACGAGACAUCGCUUACUUGGUUGGCAUGGGCAUGGCGGGAACUAAGAUUCAUGGAGGGACAACUAUCGCUGGCACCAUGGUUCUAGCAAGACUUGCCGGUAUUCGAGUUUUCGGAACGGGUGGCCUUGGUGGCGUACACCGUGGCGGGCAUGAAUCAUUCGAUAUCUCUGCUGACCUCACCGAACUUGGAAGAACGAGGAUGGGGGUUAUAUGUUCCGGCUGCAAAGGAUUUCUCGAUAUUCCUAGGACCCUCGAGUACCUAGAAACCCAGGGCGUUCAUGUAUCAACUUUUUCUGACGGCCGUACUGGUGAUAUUGACUUCCCGGCGUUCUGGGCGAGAGAUAGUGGUGUUAGGAGCCCUUCUGUCGUUCACGACGAAGAACAGGCAGCUGCCAUGAUCUGGGCUCAGGAAAGAUUAGGUAUUGAGUCAGGACUGAUGUUUGCCAACCCAAUACCCGAGAAGUUUUCUAUCCCUCGAGAAGAAAUGAAGGUCAUCAUCGAACAGGCUAUCAGUGAAUCGGCACAGCAAGGCGCACAGGGAAAUGAAAAUACGCCGUUUAUCUUGGGGAGGAUUAGGGAGCUCACUGAUGGUAGGAGUGUGCCGGCGAAUAAGGCUUUGGUCCAGGCAAAUGUAGAACGAGCCACCAAGAUAGCAGUUGCGCUUUCGCGGCUUGUCGCGCGCGGAUCGACAGAGUCUAGUAAACCGGUGAUUCGGCAGAGCAGUCUUUCUUCACGCCUUGAAAGUAGCAAUGCCCGGAUAGAUGAAAAGCCAAUUAAGGCCGAGGUCACAUCUCGAGCCGACAUUCUAGUGGCCGGCUCUAUAGCUCUUGACCUAAGUUGUAAUUACGCAGGCGAAGAUUCUACUGGGCGCCCAGGUCCUCACCUUCACACAUCAAAUUUAGCUCAAAUUGGCCAAUCUAUCGGAGGUGUUGGCCGCAACGUAGCCCUGGCGGCUCAGAGAGUCAUGCAAAAUUCGCAAGUACGACUUUGUAGCAUGAUUGGUGAUGAUAUAGCGGGCUCAACAGUACUGUCAUCCAUGCAAGCAAGUGGCAUGGACACAUCAUGCAUCAGACAACUGAGUCGGAAACACUACCCAACUAGUCGAACUGCCCAGUAUGUUGCAGUUAACGAUUCUAACAAGAACCUUGUACUUGGCAUGGCGGACAUGGAUAUAUUCACUAGUCAUCCGUUCUCGGAACAUUGGAUACCUACGAUUGAAGCAUCGAAACCAAAGUGGCUUGUGGUUGAUGGGAAUUGGGCAGACCGCGAUAUUCGGGCUUGGAUACAGGCUGGCAAACAAAACGGAGCCCGUGUGGCAUUUGAACCAGUUUCCAAUGAGAAGUCUACUCGUUUGUUUUGCAAUGAAAGGAGUCUCGAAACUCUGGGAGUAUAUCCGCAACCUAGCGUUGAUUUAACGACACCGAACCAGUAUGAACUAUCGGCCAUGCAUACGGCUGCGCAAAGAUAUGAAUAUCUAGAUGAUCCCCGAUGGUGGGAGAUCAUUGAUGCCUUUGGAAUGAGAGGAGCCAGGGACCGUUUUGUCAAGCUUACGUCUACCAGCAUGACCGAUUCUGGGAUUCCGCAGCGAGCCAUCCAGCUUCUCCCGUAUAUACCAACUAUCAUCACAAAGAUGGGGGGCAAUGGUGCUUUACUGACGACCAUUUUGAGAAAGGACGACCCUCGCCUUUUCGACCCAGCAUAUGAGAAGUUCAUCUUAACUAGAAGCUGCAACGACCACCCAGAAGUUGGAGGCGUCUAUAUGCGACUGUUCCCAGCGGUGGAACAAGUAGAGAAUGCCGUGUCGGUGAAUGGAGUUGGAGAUACCUUCCUGGGCGUUAUGGUUGCGGGCUUAGCGCAAGGUGGUAGGGUCGAAAAACUCGUCGAUGUUGCUCAGAAAGGGGCAGUCUUAACCCUUCGUAGUCCCCAGUCUGUAAGUGAGGAUUUGAGCACACUCAGGAGCGAACUACUUUCUGCUGCUUCCUCUUAAAUAAGGAAAUCUGGCCUACGGUUCUAUUUUCUUUUCCCCAUACUAGCUUACCUAGGUAUAGAUGUCGUUAUAUAGGAGGAUUAUGGUGGCAAACAUCAUCAAAGAAUAGGGGGGCACUUGUACCUACAUAUGUAUACGGUAAAAGAAUAGAACUGGAUAUAGAAAUACAAAAGGGGGAUCAAUAUGAGUAUAAGCAAA